AUGUUCUUCACCGGGUUAUAUCGCAUCUAUACAGGUUUCAUUAGCCCACCAAAGGCGAGAAAGCAGGAUGAUGCCAUUCGAUUCGGCCUCCUUGGUGCAUCCAACAUUGCCCCAUUUUCCCUGAUCGGCCCCGCAAAAUCACACUCCGAGGUAGUCGUCGCCGCAGUUGCAGCCAGAGACCGUUCCCGCGCCGAGACAUAUGCGAAGAAACAUGGAAUUCCUAUCGUACACUUCACUUAUGAAGACCUCCUUCAAGAUCCCUCGAUAGAUGCCAUCUAUAUCGCGCUCCCAAACAGCCUCCACUACGAGUGGGCCCUGCGUUCCAUUCGCGCUGGAAAACACGUCCUGUUGGAGAAACCAUCGUGUUCCAAUGCCGAAGAAGCGCGCGCGCUAUUCAAUCAUCCGCUUUUAAAAGCGAAGGGUGCACCUGUUCUCUUGGAGGCUUUUCAUUACCGCUUCCACCCGGCGUGGCAAACAUUCCUGGCGCGUAUCCACGACGAUCCUGAAGCAGGCCAAGUGAGAAAUGCUUUUGUUCAGCAAUAUUUGCCAAAGGGUUUCUGUCCAGACGAUGAUAUUAGAUGGCGUUUUGAUCUUGCAGGAGGCGCAAUGAUGGAUUUCGGCACAUAUACGGUGAACUGUCUCCGACAAAUUUUCAACCAAGAGCCGACCGAAGUGCUUGAGGUAAAGUUCCGAGGCCUGCCGGCCCCGCUACCCGAUCUUCCAGAGGCAGGGCAAAUAGACCAGGCGAUGAACGCGAGUUACCGGACUGCUGAUGGUAAAUUUGGAACACUGGUGGCUGACUUGUCUGCGUCUGGAGAAUGGCCGAUGCUUCCCAGUUCAUGGACACAAAGCCUGCCGCGGUUAGGCUGGCCUAAGUGCGAAGUGGAACUAGAGGAAUGCGCGAUCGAGAAUAUGGAUGGACGUGUACACAGUGUCAAACGAAAUGUGACUAUGUGGAAUCACCUGGCGCCUAGUCUUUAUCAUCGGGUUGAUGUAGAAGACACGCAUACAAUUCGACUUGGCGACCGGGUGGUGAAGUCGUGGAAAGAGUUCAAGAAAGAGAAAGCGUACAAAUGGCUAUCUGGUGAUGUGCGUGCGAAUGAUGAGCAGGAUUGGUGGACCAGCUAUCGUUAUCAACUGAACGAGUUUGUUAAUAAGGUCAAAGGGCGUGAAGGCUCAGGGGUUUGGGUUGAUGGAGAUGAUAGCAUUAGGCAGAUGGAGGCUGUGGAUGAAACAUAUCGCAAGGCUGGACUUCAAGUACGCCCAGGAAGCGAUUUGAAACUUUAA